AUGGGGAGGAAAAAGAUUCAGAUAGCACGGAUUAUGGAUGAACGGAACAGACAUGUAAGUAUGCAGAGGAGCCAAACACCCUUCAGUCAUGCACAUCCUACACCUUGACGACCUUAGUUUACCUUUACAGCCUCAGAAACUCGUCUGGAUUGGAUUUUAUCUCCAGAUUAACAAAGUCACAGUUUGUUAAUCCCACAAAAGUAUCCGCUGCCUUGUGUCCUUCACACAAAUUUGUUUACUUGCCUCAUUUGCACGCAAACAGAAGCUGCAAACUCACCACAAUGAUUUUCUCUGCAUAGCUGUGGGGCAGUUCUGUUUGUGUUCACCUCAAAAUGAACUCCAGUUAUUGGUUCAUCAUCCAGACUCUACCCUACUUCAUCAAAUACCUCCAAAAACUUCAAACUACCUCCCUCUUGAAAGUGCAGAAGUUUUUUUAUGCAUAGUAGAGCUAACUUUGAUCAACUCUAAAGGUCCUUACACACCGCGACCAUCACAGCUUACCAUCACAGCGAGUCUUAGGAAAUACGUCCACCAAGUGUGAACGCCAUCAGACUACCAGAAAUUAAGCUAUGAACUUAAACAGACUCUUUUUGGUUGGAGGUGCCAUCACAGCGCCACCUAUUGGCUCAAUGGCACUAAAAUUGGCAUGAUUAUUCAGGUGCCUUAUCUCCUAAAAUCCACCAAAUUUGGCUGCAAAAACACAAGAGAAUCAAAAAAGUCGACAUGUAGUAUAAUGUCAGGCUAAAAGCAAGUUUACAGUAUUUUCCUGAUAUUUGAAGGCCGACUACAUCAGUCCCUGAAGCAAAAAAAAAAGCUGCUUUUCUAGCUCCCUAAAGAGAUGUUUUGAUCUAAAUUUGGUGACAGUUGUUAAAAGUUAAAAACGGAGUGUUGAAAAUAAACUCAGACAAGUCUUUGGAAAUAAUUUUUCUUUGUGGAAAAAGUUCAAAAUUUACUUUCAAAAAGUGCAUCUACUAAAGAAACGGAGGAUCAACCAUCUCAUACUUUAUUUUUGAGCUGUUUUUCAGGUGAAUAAAUAUAAAUAAACUUGACAGAUGAAACGAAAGCAAAUUUACAGACCUUUUUUUUUUUUACAUUCAAACACACUCAGGACCUUUCUUUCUUAGUUGAAGAUGCCAUCACAGCGCCACCUAAUGGCUCAAUGGCACCAGAUUUGGCAAGACCAUUCAGGUGUCUUAUCUACACAUAUCCACCAAAUUGGCAGCAAACGCACAAAACAUUAAAGAGAUAUAACAUUUCUUGUAUUUUAAAAAUACAUCACCAGACUAAAGUCUUUACUGAAAUUUGGCAUCACCAUUCAGGUGUCUCAUUUACACCUUUCCACCAAAUUUGGCAGCAAUAGUACCAAACAUUAAUGAGAUAUGAUGUUAAGCGAAUGCUUAAAAAUGAGAUAAUUGACCAAACUUUGAUGGAAUAUUACAAAUCCGCUAAAACUGCUUCAUUCAAAGAGAUCAUCCGUCAAAUUUGGUAACUAUAGUUCAGAGUUUGGAUGGAGAGGGAUGAAAAAAAAACGAUCUGGGCAAAGUUAGUCAGAAAAAAACUAACAAAAAUCACCAAAUUUGGCACCUAACUCGUUUUAUCUGCACCAGUUAUGCAGCCAGAAGUGAAUCUGAUUGGAUAAAAAGUUUCCCUAAGGAAGAGGAAAAAGCUUGAGACUCUUGAAAAAGUUUCCAUUUUUUGUAGUUUUCUUCCACUUUUGGUAUUGGGCUUCAUAUCUUCUUUUUUAUAAAUCUUUUUCAUCAUAGUUGUAUUUGGAUAAACUCCAGUCGAGCAGUAAUUACAGCCAGAUGAGAAAGGAAAACGCUUCAAUUUACUCUUUCAAACCAAAGACAACCCCUAAGGGACUCCGAUAAAACUGUAGUUCCUCGGACUGAUGAUUUUGUAUCAUAUGAUCCUCACAAGCUGCGACUGAGUCUAACAACCUCAACUGGCUCAAUCCAGCAGAUAUGAGAGACGAGAGCUGAUUGUCAAUGAGACCUAACUGCAUUUUCACACACAGAUGCACACACAUUAACACUAACACACUUACUUACUCAAGUCUCGUCUGGGGGAGGGGUUCCUCUCUUCCUGUUAUGACAGGAAAUGCAGGCACAUGUGCUUCCUGACCCUUGCAGCAGCAGCAGUGGCAGGAGGGCAGCGCUGACCUCAUCGUAGUCCUCCGCUCGACGGUGUGGUGUUACGCUGAUGCACGUGUGAAGAAACAGAGUUUGGACGUGUUUCGGCUCAUCUUAGACAAACCACAGAUUCUAACAUCUGAGUUUCAUUUUUCAUAAUGAGACUUUUGGUAGUAGUUAACCUCAAUUUUAGACUCUUUUUGGCAUUUUCAGCUCAGAAACGGACCUGCAGAUCAAUAGUUUUGACCCUCUUUCUGUACAAGGGGUGUCAACAUCUAUACAUGUAAACGGAUACACGGAUAACAAAUCAUAACUGUUAAGAAAAAUCAAUAGCCGUUUCCAUGUCUUUUUUUUUCUCCUCCUCCUCCUCGAUCAUUUCUCACCAAUAUACAUAUAUAAUGUUGCCUGAAAGCUUCAGAUAAUAACAUUAACUAACUAACUAUACUCUUAAAUGUUCCCACUAGUGAAGUUAUCCGCAUAGACGGGUUUCUGUGCAACGUCAUUGCAGGUAUCCGCGCGCAGCCUUGGGGCAGAAAGUGGGACAUUUCUUAUUUGUUUACUAGCAGAGCCAACAGAGAAAGAAAUUGACAAGGAGCUGUUGUGCUGUAAACUGCAGGAAUCUGCAAAACAAACAAUCGGCAAACAUUACGACCAUGCUCCUGAUAUUGAAAACAUCUAAAACAAUGUCACAACCUUGUAAAAUAAGUGAAAUUCAUGGAUAUUUCAGCAAGUGUUUUUUUGAUUUUGAUGCAAUGAAAGACAGGGAUUUUUCAAUGAAAUGACAUUUUAUUGCAAUUGUGUCAGGGAGAACUUGAAAACAACAUGGCAUCUUUCAAUCAGAUGUUUUUUUAUGCAUACACAGGUUUUUUAAUUACCUUGCUGACAUGUUUGGACGUGCUGGCUGCAGUCUUUCUCAGAGUUUCACAUGAUGGUUGUGUGACGCGUCUUAAAACAGCUGAUGUUUCCGAAGGCGUGACCUUUCCGUCAGUUUUAAAGAUUGGUCACUCCUUCAGCUGCCCGCUUGCUCCCUGCAAUAUGGCACUCCACGUGUGGGAUAGCAUAUAUGCCUCCUCAUCCCGGUUGAUGGUCCUCGGGCCUCGCUUCCGGAUUUCCAUUGCAUUGCAGUGGGCGAGCGGGCAGCUGAAGGAGUGACCAAUCUUUAAAACUGACGGAAAGGUCAUGCCUUCGGAAACAUCAGCUGUUUUAAGACGCGUCACACAACCAUCACGUGACACUCUGAGGAAGACUGCUGCCAGCACGUCGAAACAUGUCAGCAAGGUAAUUAAAAAACCUGUGUCUGUAUAAAAGAACAUCUGAUCAUAAUUUAUCAAAAAAGACACAAUGAACCUAAUCCAAGAAUACGGCAUCUUCACUGAAAUCAGUUUACUCCGAAGCAGGCUUUUGCCCCAUGGUUGCGUGCACACCUAGUAUUGUUUGUACACAAGAAACCCGUCUAUACAUAAUGGGGCACAACGUUACGUUGAUAAAAAAAAAAAUCCUGCAGCCUGCACAGCCAGUGUCACCUCACUUCAAAUUGACUCGACAACGUGAUGGUGGCAGUCAACAAGCGGAGUCAGGUUUUUUGAACAAACUGCGUGUGGAAAUCAAGUCAAGUGUAGUUUUGUUAGUCGCAGUUGGCUUUUACAACAACAGCACAGGGGUCCACGCGAAACCACCUACGAUGGAAACACCAGAACAAGAUGGAGGGAGAGACUGCUGCUGGCAUCGGUGCUGCUGCUGGCAUCGGUGCUGCAGCUAGCGGUUCACAGGCUAGCAUGAAGGAUUACACAUAUAACAAGGUGAAGAAAUGUGACAAGGCACAUCGUGAACAUAUAACUUAAUAGCUGAAACGGUGGCUCUCGACAUGCAGCCUUUGUCAAUGGAUGAGGAUGAUGGAUUUUUUUCAGCUGAUGAAAUAUCUGGAGCCAGGCGAUGAAAUUUCCUGUAGUGAUGGGCGCGGAAGUUCUUUUAGAUGUACUGAAUCACUAGAAUCAGUUCACUAAAAAGAUUUGUUCACCCAAUCACUGAAUCAUUUAGCGGGAGAAGCCUGUGACUCCGACCUCCUGAACUGAUACACAGAUGAAAGUUUCAGGAUUCAGUUGAAUUAAUAGCUUCUGGGACCGGAAGAUGAGAGUGUUUGGCUGUGUUGCUUUGGCAAACAGGUUUGUAAAAAUGAACUUGUCUAUACGCCAUGAUGUUUGAAGUGUACUGUCCAAUGGUAUGCCAGUUAUCAGGUCAUCUCAGUAAAUUGGGCUCAGUGAUUUAUUCGUUCACUAAACGUUUAGAAGAAUUCACACUGAACAUGCACCGUUCCCUCGCAAACCGCUGCAAUGAUAGGAUGCUGCAGGUGUAAUGCACUACUUGUUACAUGCUGUGUCCUAUUGUAUGCAAGUUGUUGUGGUGGCAUUUUAGCAGUGAAAAAAAAGGUAGUUUUGUCAGACAAAAAUGAUUCCGGAGAGUGUAGUUCAUAGCGUGGUUCGUUCACCAAGUGAUUCAGGUGUCGGUGCAUGUGGUCCCUCGUUCGCCGGCUGCUGGCCUCUCACUUUAGCUCAACUGAACGAAUCACUUGAGGAAGUGAUUCAGUUCAGUACACUCACUUAAAAGAUUCGGUUCUUUUGAACGAAUUGUUCGCGAACGACACAACCCUAAUUCCCUGCAGAGCGACAGUUAGCUCACGGGUAUCAAAGUACAUUUUCUUGUCUGUCAAAAUGAUCGAUGAUUUUAUUUUCAACUCAUUUUACUUUCUGUCAUAAGUAAGCCUUGAAAUGUUAAAUGAAGGUUUGUGAUUUAUCUGUUAUGUUGGCUCUAAUUUAGUACCUAUUUGAAGUGGGUCUACACAAAUACGUUUUUGUCUGAUAACUACUGGAAUGGCUUUGAUUUAGUGGGAUUAGGAGGUGUUUGAAUGGAGACGGGACCUUCUCGUGGUUAUUUCUCACAACUGUGAUAGAAAGAGAUCUGCAACAUGUAACUGGGUACACGUCGGAGUGCACGCCGUUUAAACGUGUAGAAAAAAUUGUAAACGUUGACACCCUUACUCUGUACCACAACAGAACCUUAGGUGCACCCAUCUUCAAGUUGACCUCCAAACACUGGACUUUAAAUAACCAAUAAUCAUAAUCUAUCUGCUCUACAGGAGGUCCAAGGAGAUCAUAUUUAGUUAAAAAAAUUCAUAUAUAUUCUUUGGUAUAAGCUCACAGCAGCUGCCCUGUUUUUCCUUAAGUUUCACGCAGCUAUUGAUUACCUUUUUAAGUUAAGAUCAAUUUCCAGACUCUUACAACUUUCAUGAAUUGUGCAAUCCAUUACAGAGCACAUCAGGUGUGCAUUUAGUUACAUUAUUAAUGUGUGGUAAUGCUGUUUAAGUGCUGUUUGAUUUAAAGGUCUGCUCUGCUUUUCCUCAUAUGGUACAAAAAUAAAUGGAAAUUAAUGGAUGUCUGGGAUCACUGACAAAAUACAGCCGACUUCAAAGAGAGUCUGAAAAGUUUACAGCCGGGCAGAUGAGGCCGUCCUUGCUUACUGCAGUUACAGAAUCUUAGACCACGUCCACCUUGUGUCGGGUUUUAACGUGCAGCUUCAUCACACGUUUCACUCCUUGUCCCUGCUCUAAAAAUUGAGCCUGGUGUUAGUUCAGGCAGGCUGCAAAGUCUCACCAGCCCGUUUCAGCUGACAGCUCAUACAAUUACUCUCUGUCCAUUUAGCAAAAGUCAAAAUGUGCAUUAAUAUAAACUGCUUUAGCCGUCCUGCUCCUCCCGCAGCCUCUUUGAAACCCGCUUCCACCCCAGCUCUUCCUUUUUCUGCUGUGUCUAAUCUUAGCGGUAUCAUGUGAAGCCUUGACUGUUCUGAACCCUGGUCUUCGCUGGUGCUCUCCCUGCCUUUGCUUUCACGUUGCCCUGACAUCGUGACAAAAAGCUGCAGGGUACGAAGAUGUCCAUUUUCUUUGAGAAGUACCUUUCAAAUCAAAAGUUUGUUGGAUUUACUUCAUCUCUGUUUGUUAAACCCAUCUUUGUUCAAAAUAUCAGCCAAUCAUCACUCAAAAUACAUCCAUGUCAGAUCUUUUGCAUUUAUGAUCCUGUGACAAGCGUGAACAACCGAACCAAAUUUCACAUGAAAGGUUCUGUAGAUCUUUCACCUAAAACUUUGUUGCCCAGGCAGUGUGUUUGGGAUCAUUGUCAUGCUGAAAGACCCAGCCACGUCUCAUCUUCAAGGCCCUUGCUGAUGGAAGAAGGUUUUCACUCAAAAUCUCAAGAUACCUGGCCCCAUUUAUUCUUUCCUUUACACGGAUCAGCUGUCCUGGUCCCUUUGCAGAAAAACAGCCCCAAAGCAUGAUGUUCCCACCCCCAUGCUUCACAGUAGGUAUGGUGUUCUUGGGAUGCAACUCAGCAUUCUUUCUCCUCCAAACACAACGAGUUGAGUUUUGACCAAAAAGUUCUAUUUUGGUUUCAUCUGACCAUAUGACAUUCUCCCAAUCCUCUUCUGGAUCAUCCAAGUGCUCUCAAGCAAACUUUAGACAGGCCUGGACAUGUGCUGGCUUAAGCAGGGGAACACGUCUGGCAGUGCAGGAUUUGAGUCCCUGGCGGCUUAGUGUGUUGCUGAUGGUGGCCUUUGUUACUUUGGUCCCAGCUCUCUGCAGGUUAUUCACUAGGUCCUCCCUGUGUGGCUCUGGGAUUUUUGCUCACCGUUCUUGUGAUCAUUUUGACCCCACGGGUCGAGAUCUUGCCUGGAGCCCCAGAUCGAGGGAGAUUAUCAGUGGUCUUGUAGAUCUUCCAUUUUCUAAUAAUUGCUCCCAAGGUUGAGUUCUUCAUACCAAGCUGCUUACCUAUUGCAGAUUCAGUCUUCCCAGCCUGGUGCAGGUCUACAAUUUUGUUUCUGGUGUCCUUCGACAGCUCUUUGGUCUUGGCCAUAGUGGAGUUUGGAGUCCGACUAUUUGAGGUUGUGACAGGUGUCUUUUAUACUGAUAAUGAGUUCAAACAGGUGCCAUUAAGACAGGUAACAAGUGAAGGAGGGAGGAGCCUCUUAAAGACGAAGUUACAGGUCUGUGAGAGCCAGAAAUCUUGCUUGUUUGUAGGUGACCAAAUACUUAUUUUACCGAGGAAUUUACCAAUAUAUUUUUUAAAUCCUACAAUGUGAUUUCCUGGAUUCUUUCCCCCCAUUCGGUCUCUCAUAGUUAAAGUGUACCUAUGAUAAAAAUUACAGGCCUCUCUCAUCUUUUUAAGUGGGAGAACUUGUACAAUUAGUGGCUGACUAAAUACUUUUUUGCCCCACUGUAUAUUCCACCAAAAGACAGACUUUAGGUAGAGUCCAAGGAUCACGAAUAACAGAACCAAAUUUAACAUAAAAAGUUCUUUAGAUCUUUCACCUAAAACUGGGAAUUUCACCAUCAUGGUGCCACUCUGAAAAACAUCAGAUAAACUUCAAACUUGGUGGGAUCCAAGUCCUAGGUUUGAUGAAUAUUUGAACUCAUUUUUAUCCCAAUACUCUCAUUAAUCGUUGGUAUAUUCCACCAAAAAUCAAAGACAGACUUCAGGUAGAGUCAGAGGAUUACAUGUACUGAAGCCUUAAAAUGCACACACACACACACACACACACAAAGAUCAUCAUAGAUCAUCUACAGUACAUCCUCCACUAAAGCUGUGUAUCAUUAAUGCACUUUCCUCUUCCUCGCCAGGUGACCUUCACCAAGCGCAAGUUCGGUCUGAUGAAGAAGGCGUAUGAGCUGAGCGUGCUGUGUGACUGCGAGAUUGCCCUCAUCAUCUUCAACAGCACCAACAAGCUGUUCCAGUACGCCAGCACUGACAUGGACAAAGUCCUGCUCAAGUACACCGAGUACAACGAGCCCCACGAGAGCCGGACUAACUCGGACAUUGUGGAUGUGAGUAACAGACCCGCACACGUUAAGAUACCAGAGCUCUUGUUUUGAUGGAUGAGGCAUUGUCUUGUUUUCAGGACGGUUGAUGAAAGUGCGUGAUGGUAGGAGAGAGUGAUCUAUGAUCGGAUAUCACUCAGACAGGAGGGUUAUUUUAAGGUUCGGUAUUGACCGGUGAGCUCUGUCUGAAUCUACUCAGGAGCUCUCUGCUCAACCUUGAAUUUAUGCUGAAUGGAAACUGUCCGUUGCCCUCGGGUUUUACACCAUCCUGUUCCGUUAGAAAUGAGCCAAGUCCCCCCAAGUCAGCGCUGAUGCUUUGUAAUGCCAGUUUCGGUUGCAGCUUCCAUUUGUCUGUGAUGGUGUUGUUUAGUUUCAGAGUCUGAAAAUGGCUCUGAAAGUUUAGAUUUUCUUCUUUCUAUAUGAUUGUCCUCUUGGCUGUGUCAUCAGACCGUCUUUAGGAGUGGAUGGAGGCUAAUUACUCCAGAACCCCCCUCUGCAGGAUUCUCCAACAAACAUGUCGUGCACACUCUCAUGUGGUCGCCGUUUAUCAACAAGUGGGUUCUCAGCUGAAGAGUUGUGCUUCCUGUUGUUGCCAUGGCUACAUUUGUUGUGCUCUCUUCUGACUGGCUCUUGAGUUGCUCCACAUGACAAUGGACAGGGUUAAUGUACGGCCUUCUACCUCAGGAUAAUGGGGAAUAAGGUCUUGUUGUGUGUGGACUGCUUUGGACGAGCUCGGUGCGCUCCGUCCAAGUUCUGGUCCAAGUUCUGGUUGUAACCAGGUUUUUCUGAUUUGAGGAAUGAGAUCAAAGUAAUGGUGCGUUCCAAUUGAAGUCAGAAUUUCUGAGCUCUGAGUCCGAAAUUAAUCUGAAACGCCCACCUGAAGUCAGAUUUCACCAACCCUGACUUGACAACAAGGUCAUUAUCCAAGAUGGCGGCACAGUGCUUCAACAGUAGAGAGUAACAGUAAAGGUUUUCCUAAUUUUUUAUUUAUUUGCACUUCUGUUUUGUUUAUGUGAAGUUAAAUAAGUGGUAUAUGUUGUAUUGCCCAACGUCUAACUGUGAACAUGGUGCUAUGGUGUUUGUAAGAGUAAAAUACUGUGUUAUGCGUUGUUUAAAACUGGUAUAGCUAACAAAAGCUGACAACGGCUAAUGACAGCUAACAGCAGGCGUCCAUCUUGGUUUUCCGAUUUGUUUACUGGAAUGCCAUCAACUCGGGUGUAACGUCAUUCCCAGCUCCGGCAUCUGACUUCACAGGAAACUGGAACACAGCAUAAGACGUGUCAGUCUCUGUUUCAAAUGUGCAGUAGAGGGUCACAAAACGAUCUCUUGUCCUACCCUGGACUCGUAGACUCUUUCGGUCCACUGGUGACUAUGUUGGCGAGUUGUUGCACCCCUUAAAGAUUCAGCACACUUGAGAGCGUCAGAGCUGCAUCUUUGGUUGAUGAGUUGAUCAGUCACCCCCAAUUUCCACUGCACCCGGAACAGCUCCAAUCUGGAACGGUGGUGAUUUUCACCAAUUCCUACCGGAUAUGUUUCUGAGGCAAAUUUCAUGGCGGAUUAGGGACAGCAGGAAUCAUGGGAACUCACAAGAACCCGCGGAUUCACGUGCAAUCACGUGAUAACAAGUUGUCUUUAGCCACAAAGGCUAACCAUAUAGGCAGUAGAUUGUGUCCUUCCAGAGGAGGAAAUCUACUUCUAGACUUCUAGAAUCCGCAUCUUCUCAUCCAUGGUGUCAUCAGGGUGAAAUGACGUCUAUAAACCUUUUGACUUGUUCGUCUCCACCCAUUUUCAUGGUGUGAAAUACAAUCCGCCUGAAACACAGAGUGUUUUAUUUUGAAAAGAAACCGGAUGUUUUAUUUUGUGUCUGUGCCCGACUUUCUUUUCAGCAUGGGUUAAUCCAUGCUGAAUUUAUCCGGCAUGCUCCAGCUUCCAGAAAAAAUAGAGCUCUUGCGAUCAGCUGUGGAGUCUGGCGAUCUGCAGUGGAACACAAAGACGCCAGUGGAAAUUGACACAUUAACUUGAAUAGUUACGAUCAGUUACGAUCAGCAGAUCCGGCCUUUUGGUAGCCGUUCAGGAUACAGUGGAAAUUGGGGGCCAAUCAAGAAAAAAGCAGCAGAGAUUGAGUUUGUUGAACGUGAACUCCGUCUAAAGAGGAUUUUUGUAGAUGCCGUUAUUGUCUUUAGGAAUUAUGACUUUCUUCAACAUUUUCAGACAUUUUCAGAGAGAAAAAUCUUGAGGAUUGUGAAUUGUUAAUAUUAGUUUGUAGUCGGUGCGUCUUUUGCAUGUGAACAGAAAAUGUUUGCGUAUAAAUGUUUGAAAACCUUCGUUAAACACCUUCAGAUUGGGUUGAACUGUUGCGGAUGUGAGUCUGCAGCAGCUCAGAGCUCCACAGUCAGGCUCUGCUCUAAACCGAACCUUAGUCUGCCUCCACUUAUGUAACGGGGUUAGCAGAAACAAUAGCAAGUGUAUGCCUGCUUGGACACAUGCUAACACUCUCUCCCUCUCACACACACACACACACACACACACACACACACAUACAGUCGACCGAGGCUAAGCACGACAUGUCAACAAGGUCGAGGAGGUCGAAGUUAAGCUGUGAGGAGUCAAAGAUCAGAGUCUGCUGCUGCAUGAGUCACUGGCUCUGGUUUUCCUUGAACAUAAAAACACUUUUAGGGUCUUCAACGACCCAGUCUCUCUCUCUGACCCUGAUAUGAACUUUUACAAACCCCUCAAAUAAAGAAGCCUCAGCUCAAAGACCCAUCUGCGCUCGUGUGUGCACAUGUACGUCCUGUGUGUGUGUUUGUACCUGAGCUUUUCCCUCCACGCGGCCCUCCACAUGGACUCUUGGCCGGCCCCGUCAGAACCGGGCUUACACGCUCUGUAAUCCUGCGUAAUCUCCCACAAUCCAGUUUAGCUCGUUACUCUAAUCUGCCCCGCAGCCUCGUCUUCAUCUCUGCAGAGUAUCCACACGGUGCAAACCAGCCGGGUAUUUACUGCCACUCCCUGCAGCUCCUCUCACCUGCUGCCACUUUUCCUGUCUGCCGAUCUGAUUUACUUCUCUCUGCUCUUCAAUCUUCUAACAAAUUUAAAAAAACUUUUUUUAUUUUAUUGUCUCUGACUGCACGACUUUUGCGUUUUUCUCAGACAAACUUGUCCUUUCAAUCUUUAUUUUUAUUAUUUUUAAUGUGCUGACUAGAUUUACAGCUUUCCAGUGAGUUUCUAGAUUACUCUCUCUUAUAGUUUACCGUUUUGAUGGUUUAUGGCGUAAAAAAAAGGAAUUUUUAUCGUGUCCUUAACUUUCACAUUUUUCUAUAUUCCUGUAACUCCUACUAAACUUCUACUUACCCAGCCUUGGUCCUGACUUUCCCCUGCUGGCCGGAUUUGUGGCUUUUGAACAUGUUUGGACUUAAUCUGGUUCUUUAUUUUGGCGUUUUAGGGAUAAAAUCGUAUUUAAAGCAUGAAGUUUGGGGUUUUUGUUUUAUUUAUUUGCUUUAUUCUUUAUUCCUAUUCUUUUAUUGCUUCGUCCCACCUUGCCUUUCCUGGUGAAAUAAUCUGCAGCUCUAAAAUGUUAAACGUGUCGCUUUAUUUCUGCAGAAGUUUUUUAAUAAUUAACUGAUUUCCCUUGAAAAAAUAGGUAGAAGAGGGAGCAAAUUGUAUUUUUUGAGUCUGUAAAUGUUAUUUAUAUUCAGAUAAAAAAUUUACAUAUCUCUUAAAAAAGUGUAAACCCAUUUUUUACUUGUCAAGAUCUCACGCUCAUGCAGAUUCGCUGUGAAAUUCGACGACUGCAGCUCAAUAAAAACACUUAAAUAUGAACUGUGACGGAUGUAGACAGAGAAGGAGUAGAAAAUACUUUAGAAAAUGUGGAUGGAAAUACAACUUUCCGCAUGCAAAGACCAUAAAGUUCCUCUCAGAGAAAAGAAGACAGCAUACGUACGUACGCCAUGUGUUUUCUGCGGUUUCAGAGCUCUUAAGGACUUGUGUGGUCACACAUGGUUGCAGUGAUUCCCGUGUUAGCCGCUGACUUCAGACUCUGUGCCAGCGCAGCAGGUUUAAUCUGCAGCUCUCUGAAUGGAGGAUGAGAGGGAUAGAAGUCUUUGAGAAACAUGUGUAACCUCUGAGGGUAAAACAACAACACAUGGCACGACGCCGUGCCAAGGUCUCAGCCGCUGUGCCAAAGUGGAAGGAGAUUCUCUCAGGCUGAAGUUUAAAGGAGAGUUCAACAUUGAUGCUUUGUUUCUGAGACUUUGAUCAGAAAAUAGAUGUCAAGCUGAAGUGCAUGUGAGGAAUAAAGCUGGAGGCAGGGGGUUAGCUCAGCUCGGCAGUUCAACAACAGCUAAAAGGCUUUUUCUGUAAAACUGUGUCCUGCUUGUUCAACAUCCAGAUAAGAGGACAUGUUGUCCAUGAUUUCCAGAAGACUGUCAGACCACAGUUUAAGUCUGGGAUCGGUCCCAGAGAAGCUGCCUGCCUUUCUGGAUCACAGGGCUGCCAAGAUUUAGAAAAUGACAAGAGUGAGAUUUAAGCGUUUCGAUGUGUUCGGCCGCCGACCAUAGGAAUUUUUUUUUGCCUUUUUUAACACCUAUUUAUACCUUAAGACUGAUGUCCUCACCUCUAUGCCAGCUGCUCUCCCUAAUGCUAGUCUUAAUCAACCAGAAUUUAGAAAUGAAAAUUGUAACAAGAAUUUUGACAAAAUUCAUUUAUUUGUCAACAUUGUGUUGUGUUGAGUAGGUUUUUAAUAAGGCUGCACGAUAUUGGAAAAAAAUAACAUGCAAUGUUUUUCAACCCUGCGAUAUAUUGCGACAUUAAAAAGUACAGGAAUUUUUACCAGAUGACCUGAAUAUCAAUUCAUGCUGAAAUCUUGAGGACAGUUAACCUGAACUGAUCUUACCUCUUUUUGUGAAUGUUUGUAGUUUGGCUUCUGUCUGUCUCAGAGAUAUUUUUAGCUUUUAUUGUGCUGGGACGUUAUUGUGGCAACAGAUGAACACAGAACAGUGUUUUGGUCGACAUUAUCCAUCUUGUAACCAAAAUAAUUCCAGAUAACUGACUUUCCUUUUUUUUUUUGGCAACAAGUCUUCAUUUUCAGUGGUUCUCUCUCGUUUGUUUCUCAUUUUGCUAUUGUUGUUGUUACCGGUGUUGUGCCAAAAACGCACGUCCUCCGAGACUUGCAUGCACCUCGCAAAACAUGCACCGCUUAUAGUAGAGUGGUCCAUGGAAAUGUACAAUUUAAAACCCAUACAGUUCUUAACAGUGAUGAGUAAUGUUCCCAAAGUAAUUCUCAGCUGACACGCAUUUCUCGGCACAACAUCGGCAACACCAGCGACUCACUCCAUGUGCAGGGGCGUGGUUUCCUCCUCUCUGGUUUUGAUUGAUGGCUGGCAACUAAGUAAAGAACGAUUGUGAUUGGUGGAUCCCUGCACAGCACAUGCAGUAACAUGGAGUGUAUCUCAGUCAGCUACCCUUGAACUGAGAUGAGUUCAUUCGCCUCCUACAUCGCAAGCUCUGCGAUGUGACUAUUGCACACACUUACAUCGCAAUGACGAUGCUCAAACAAUAUUGUGCUGUCUUAGUUUUAAAUGUCGGCACUGUUGUGUGUGAAAGAUAGUUUGAGACGCCAAGACCCCCAAAAAACCUCAGCAUUUCGGUUACCAAGUUGGAAAAAAGCAAAAUCAGAGGCAGAAACAAGAUGGCUUCAUCCACGAAAGUUAUUUUAGCGCUUGGCUUGUCUGACUAUAAGGCAAGCGCUAAAAUAACUUUCGUAGAUGUAGUCAUCUUGUUUCCGCCUCCAUUUUUGCUUUUUUCCCAACUUGGUAACUGAAACGCUGGGAACUCGGGUGAAGCACCAUUUUCAGCUCGGACAUCUGACUUCCGAGGUAACUCGAACACAGCAUUAGGCACAAAGUACUGAUGGAUUGGUCUAGGAUUGGUUAUCUCGGUCAGUCAAUCAGAGUUACUCGAUCUACACUAAGCCAAGUUUAUUAUCAUGAAAAAAAAAACAAGAAUAUUGAAUGGGGAAAAAUAAGCGUGAUAAAUUUCAAGUGUGGCGUGUGGUGUGACAAUUGGUCAAAUAGCGUGACACUUGGCAGCUCAGGGAUCAUAUUUAUGGUCCAUAGGUUAUUUGACGUAUCAGGGACAAACUUCUUCAACAUCUCAGGGCUCACCUGAUGGCGUUUUAGCGUUUUCUAUCAGUAAGAACAAAAUAAAAGUCUAGAAAAUGUCCAAUCAUAGUGUUUGAAGCUCAAAACGAGGUCUUCAGACUCUUUUAGUUUCGUGACGGAGUCUAAAAGUCAAACAUGUUUAAUUUUCCAUCACGUAACUCUGAAAACAAAAACACCAAAGUCUUCUCAAAUUAGGAGCUGGAAAAGGAAAGAUUGAUUCUUCAGCUUGCAUAAUAAGUUCAGAGCUGAAAAAAACAAAAAACAAAACAGCAGCUUUGAAAGUUCCUGCUGUUUUAUUCUGGGGUGUUUGGAGGAUCGUACGAUAGUAAGAGCACAAAGCUGUGAAAAAAAAAAAAAACUCAGACAGGAAUUCAGGCGAAGAGAGGCUCCUUUGUUUUGGUCAUCUUUCCCCCCCUCAUGUGGCGUGUUGGCAUGUUGCCCCUGAGUGUGUGUGUGUAUGUGUGUGUGUGUGUGUGUAUGUGUGUUUAUGCUGGAUAACUAUCAGCUUAUUGUAUUUAUUCAUUCAGCCUGGGAACUUUGCUGCUAUUUUUAAACCCGAGGAGUUCUGCAUUCCUCACUUUUGCUCUGUUAACCUUGUUUUGCCGCUCUGUUGUGAGAGCGUGUGUGUUCAGAUUAGAAACAGAUGAAGUUUUUAGUACUCCCUCACACACUCACACACACACACACACACACACACACACACACACACACACACACACAGAGUCUGACGUUCACAUAUGCUCGCAGAGUUAGUCCAGUUCCUUUGUGUUGGCUGCGAUCCCUCCCAUCUAAAUGGCUGGAAACCGGUAGAGGUCUAAAAAUAGCCCAGUACACAGCUAAGAAUAGACGUGACGGGGCUGUGAGGGAGUGUGUGUGUGUGUGUGUGUGUGUGUGUAAGUGUGGUUUGCCUGCUGGAUGAGUGUGACUGUAUGACUGUGUGAGCUGCUGGAAGAAAAUAGAGAAGAAGAGAAGCAACUUAAGGCUGAGUAACCGAGCUUUAGUUCCCCACAACCUCCACAUCCUUCCUCUUCUUCUUCUCUUUCUUCUCCUUCUUUUUCAACGUUUCCCUCCUGUUGAAUUAGAUUUAAUACUAGACUCUGUAGUGGGAAUCACCGUAUAGGCUUUAAAUCACCUCCUAAAGCCAUUGACUGUAAACACAGUUCAUCACUGCAUCCACAAAUGAGGUUCAAACCAUGAAAGAGGAGACCAGUUCGAGAUCGGAUCCAGAACAACCAGUGAAAUUCAAGGCUCAAUUUGACUAUGGUGACCAUACCUCUUCUUCUACCCGGACAUGUCCUCUUUUUCAGGGGGCUGUCCAUCUUUGUCCAGGUUUGUCUGGCGAAGUUUAUGAAAUCCUUCAAAUGUCCACCGUUUUGUAUGGAAGUUUUGAGUUUGUGUUAAGUGAACUUACUGAGUUAGAAGCGCGUAAAACACACUUGAUCGGGCCCGAAAAACUCAAAAUUAUCUUUGUGCGACUCAGUGACUCCGCCCCGUGUAGUCAUGUCCUCUUUUUGGGAAGUCAGAAUAUGGUCACCCUAAAUUUGACAUUCUUUUUGGAAAUCAUAGACUCAGCAGGUCCUGGCAGAUAGAUAGAACUUAAAGGUGGGGUAGUCAGGAUCUGAGGAAGCACCAGUUUGAGGGAGAAAUCUUAAAUGUAAACUCUACCCCUUCCAACCAGUUUUCCCCUCAGCUCCUCCUCUCCCCUCCCUCUCUGCUCCAGCAAGCCCCGCCCACAAACAGAUGCUCCUGCUCGCUCGUAUCAUUUCAAUUAAAUUCAGAUAUAAUGCAGAUAAAAACUUAAGAUAAUUACAAAUGGGGCCCAGUCAACGUGAAAGUAAACAGCACUGGUGCUACUGUAGGUGCCAACAGACUACCAGCAAACACAAUGUUUGCAGGACUUCUACAACUAGGAUAAAGUGACAUAGUCCAGGACCCGAGGUCAACUGUUUAGCGGCACUUCAACACACAGCAGGUCCCGUUUGACAAGAAACACUUCUGUUACACUUGUCUUACUUUGUUAAAGCGGUUUACCUGUCCAGCAGAAAGGUUACAGGGUCACCAAGAUCCCGAAGUGUCCCCCCAUCAUUUUUUAGCUCUUGUCCGGUCUACCUCCUUUUUAAGCGCCCGUUAUUCCGUCAGAGUCUCUGGUAUUUACUUCGUCUUCUUACUUGUGUUGGCAGUCAUGGCCAAAGGAGGAUUCCGACAUUGUCCGAUAUUGUAGCACGCUAACUUUGUUUCGGCUCGUGAACGUUAUUGGAGGACGUGGAGUGUGCCUCACAAAAUGAGGGAGCAGGAAGUGGAGAACAGCUUUGUUUACAGUCAGAAAGAGCGGGCCACUCAAAAAUGUAAAAUGUUGACUACACAGACAGAACACAGCGAUAUUAUGAUAUUCCCAAAUGUCAUCAAUAACUAAUAGCUAUUAACUGAUAUUAAAAGCUUUUUUUGUAUAUACACCAAAAAAAAGAUGCUUCUUCAACAGAUUCCUGCCUAACCCACCCUUAAUGUGGACAGUUAAACUCUCAUGAAGGUUUUAUCCUGUUUCUGGAGCUGAUAAAACCAUAAAUCUGACCAAAAUCUUCUUGAAUCCAUGAUUCUCAGAAAAUUGUUUUUUGAAACCCAAGCUCAGCCAUCACUUCAAUAUUUAGUUUUGCUGGAUGACAGGGGUUGAGUUUUUUGAGUUUUUCAUUCUCAUCUUCAGAAACUCUUGGUGAAAUUCUGACGGAUGUUUAGAUGCAGAGGUUGUUUCGCUCCUCCUCGCUCUGACAGCUUUGACAUGUUGCAGCGAAAAUCGAUCAGAUAUGAAGUGAGGUGAACGUGUGAGUUUGACGAUUUAACCUUCAGAUUGGAUAAAAAAGCAGCAGACCUUUACCUUUACCUCAGUGAGCUCUGACUGCAGGACUUUCACUCCCACUGUAAUGUUUACUCAGUGUGGUGUUAGUACACUGCUGCACACAUGGACUCCUCAGAGCAUCUUCAGAUGUGGUGAAGAAGGAGGAGGAGGAAGAGGAGACCACCCACGAAAAGUGGAAGGAGCUGGAGGUGUAAAACAGAAAAAAGCGAAUCGAUGGAAAGUAAAGCAGAGAGGGUGGAGGUGUGGACGGGGUUAGGAAGGAGCAGUGGGGUGUGUGUGUGUGAUAUUAACGCAUAUUCUUCCCUCACUCCUCAGCUGUCUACAGGAAGCUGUUCAAACCACCUGCCACCGAACAAACACGCGCGCACGCACACACACACACACACACAUAUUCCUGACCACCAGUAUGAAGAAUCUUUCCUGCAGUUCAGUCUAAUGUUCACACUGUCAGGUUUGAGGAUUUAUAAAUGUCAUAUUUUAGGAAACGUUUCUGUUUUUCUUCCACUGAAUAGUUUUUUAAAAUUCAGUUUUUUAAACUGACGACAGUAUAAGAAAAAAAUGUUUUACUUCUGUCUCAUAAAUUAACAACUUAAUCCUGUAAAUUUAUAUUUUUAUGAUCUUGAAUUUACAACUUUUUAAGGUCAAAAUUCAAGACUUUUCACGAGCAAGUUCCCAAUUUAAAUUUUCUAAAUUUAUCACUUUAAUUUCAUUGAUUAAUGACUUUAUUCUACAACAAUUGACUUUUCCCACAAACAGCACUUAUAUUCUGGAAAAGGAACAAUAUUUAUUCUUGUUCAUUUGUAUUUUCUCUAAAAUGUGGGACUUUUAUUACAGUUUGAAAACUUUUUCUCAUAGAUUUUACAACUUCUGUCAAUUAAAUUUACAUUUUUAUUUUAUGAUGAUUUUUCUUUAUCAAACAUAAAUCACAAAAUAACUUUUCUAUAGUAACCUUACAACUUUAUAUUUCCUUGAAUUUGUGGCAUUUUCUCUUAAGACUAUAGACCCUAAUUUUCAAACUUUUUCUUGAGUUUUUUAUUUUGUGAAUCUGUGACUUUUAUUCUUGUUAGACUUACAGCUCUAUUCUCAUAAAUUUAUGAAUUUUUCCUCUGAAAAUUUAAAACUUUUCUUGUUAUUUUUUACAGCUUUAAUUUCUCUAAGUCUGCGACACUACUCAAAAAAAAAUAUGAUUUGUUCCCCCUGAAAACUUUGUUUUUAUUCCUUUAUAGUUGUUGCUUUUUCUCUUAAAUUCAUGACAUUUUUAUUCUUGUUAAUUUAUGACUUUUUUCAUCUUAUUUUAUAUUUUUAUUCUUGUUAAUUCAUGACUUUUUUUCUUGUUAAUUUAUAUUUUUAUUCUUGUUAAUUCAUGACUUUUUUUCUUGUUAAUUUAUAUUUUUAUUCUUUUUAAUUUAUGACUUUUUUCUUGUUAAUUUAUAUUUUUAUUCUUUUUAAUUUAUGACUUUUUUCUUGUUAAUUUAUAUUUUUAUUCUUGUUAAUUUAUGACUUUUUUCCAUGAAUGUUUUUAAUUCUUCUUAAAAGUGUUUACAAUUUUCUGACUCUAUUCUUCUCAAACUUUCACUUUAUUUUUCCAAACUCUCUUUUGUUUUUUUUUCCCCUGAUCCUCUGUUGUGUUCUAUGAUAGCUGUAUAAAUCAUCUGUACUCUACUUACUAAGAGGCAAAGAAAAUGUGAAGCAUUUAUUCACGAAGACAUAGAGUUUCCAUGUGGGGGUGGUGGAGACCCAAAAUGGAGCUAAAAAAAAAAGAGAGAUAGACAUGGACUUCAUCUCAUGAACACACAUUUCUGUGACAUGAGUUUUUGUUAUGCUCAAGCUGGAGUUGUAAAUAAAUCUCUAAAAUGAAUUUAAAGGAUGAUUAAAAUUUUGUGUUCCUGCAGCAGAGAAACAGACGAAAACACAAGAUGUUGUAGGUUUGAAAGAACGAUCUAUUCCAGGCUGCAUCCAGGAGGUUACCCACACUAGCUCUUUUUCUUUUAUUGAAAAAGGAAGCAGUGGGUGUAUUCUGGAGAUGUCGUGUGUGUGUGUGUGUGUGUGUGUGUGUGUGUGUGUGUGUGUGUGUGUGUGUGUGUGUAUGAAGAGGGAAAAGUGGGCUGCUGGAGUCGGUUUUAUGUUUUAACAGACGAGCCAGAUUGACAGAUUGUGAGGGAGGGAUGGGAGUGACGAGAGUCUCCACCGCGGAGCAAAAAAUAGCCUUCUACGGCCAUCGCUCUGGUCGCCAGGCGAGUAUUGGUGGUGGCUGACUCACCCUCACCCCCUCCACCCCCUUCUCCCCUUCCUCCCUCAAGACCCCCACUCCUUCUCUCCACAGCCAAACAGGUGGACAUGACUGGGAUGAGUGGGAUAGCUGCACUGGGCCAACCACUGAGCCCAGUGUGUGUGUGUGUGUGUGUGUGUGUGUGUGUGUGUGUGACCGACAGGACUAAUGGGCUGUGAAGUGCUGAAGCAGGAGACUGAGGGCCAAACCACAUACUGUACAACACACACAGACGUUUAGUUUAGGAAGGAGUACUGCGGUUCAGAGUCUUUUUAAAAGUAGAAUUACUACAGUGUGGAAAUAUUCUGUUUACAGACAAAGGUUCCCUAAAGAAAUACACUUAAAGUACUUUUGUAAAAACAGAAACAUACGUUACAUCUUCUGUUUAACACCCACCAAACCAUUGACAAAAACAGCAUUUUCACCAGGCAGAAUUUAGGAGUGUCUCGUUUGCUGCUGCUGUGAUUGGUUGGCUUGCUUUUGUUAUUUUUGGUCACAGAAAUAUUUUGCCUGAUCCAAAUGUACUGUUAAUUAAACCACAGCCACACAAAACCACAACCAAACAUACUAAUCAAAACUAGCAACUUCCAUCUCUUGUAGGGUAAAAUUAGCAUUUUCUUCAAUGGGGUUUGGUAGUGUUGAAGAAACUGGUUGUUUCUGGUUGAAAAAAUCGCUGUAUCCUUUAGUAUAAAAGCUCUUUCUAUGUAGGGAUCCUUUCUGUAAUGUUGUCAGAAACUUGAAAUAGAAAUCUGAGUUUGUCAGUGACAAAACAAAAAAGUUGUGCAGGCGUAAUUUGACCGUGUUGCAGUUUUUACAGCCUCUGUCACUGCAUCUGGGGCAAUCUGCCAGAGCAAUCCCAACACUUUCAGGGUCAUUUUAACCCUUAAUUUACCUAAAAAUAAGACCAGAGUUCAGAAAAUUCACUCAGAUUUCAGAAUCAUAUGUCAGCAGAGGUGAAAAACCCCAUAAGAUAAAAAUGAAAGCUGAGGAGGAUGAGAACAGACAAAGAGCAGAGAUUAAGUAAGUCCACAAACAUGUUGUAAUCAUCAUUUGAUACCUGCUGGAGAGGAGAGAUUUCACAACACCAGGAUGAAUCCUCGACUGAACCGACACGACUGACACAUCCACACUUUUUUGUACGGAUGAUUACAGACGUAAAUCAAAGUCAAAGUAUUUCAUAUCAAACUUUACUCAAACACGUGUUUUUUUACUGUGUAUUUGUACAUUUAGUGUUCAGUCAUUCACUGCUGUUCGACUCCAGAAGUCGGUGCAUGACAAGAGCUGUUUUGAAACCUGCUCAGGCUGCGCCCUCUUGUGGUUGAAACAGACACUGCACUCUUGGUUAGGGGGUGUUUCUUUGCUGUCUUGGUUCUUCAGUUUGUCAUGUCACUGCGGUGGUUUUUGUUCAUGGUAUUAAAGCAGGAUAUUAGGGUCAACAUGAAGCUUUGGGGAUCUGAGACCAAAAGAUCAGGAGGAACUUCACGCGUUUUUGCUGAAUUCUCAGAGUUACAUCAUAUUUAUGUGAUUUUAGUCGAUUAUCCCUUUAAAUUACCUCACAAGUAAACAACACUGUUCAAAAAAGGACUUUUAACUUUAAAAAAAGAGUUAUAAUAGGAUACAUUUAGGGAGGGCAGAGUCUCUGUAUGCCUGAUUUCAUACUCUCAGGUGAUUUAAAUGUUUUACAGAGGAAGGAAUUUUUAAAAAGACAAAGAUUUAUCUGUAUGUAACAGCAGGAACAUGGUUUCAGAUUAAUUGAACAGUCAGAGCCCGAACAAAUCAUCCAGUCUGUGUGUCAGCAUCUGUUUCGCAACCGCUGAAGCAGGAAACGUCUGGACUAGAUUACUCUUCAGACUUUUUGAAUCACAUUUUCUCAUUUUAGAAAUCUUCAAUUUUUUUUGUUAAAACUACAAACAAGCAGAUUUUUUCACCAGAACCAUAAUCUUUAGACCUGUCAGAUGUGGACUAGUUUACUGGAGAGAGUCCACAGUCUCGUUAAAACACAGCUCCAGAUUUGUGAAACCUUUUCUCUGUUUGUGAAAAGGAAAAAAAAUGUUAUUCCACUGAUUUUAUGACUCUAAUGUGGUUUAAAGCUGAAAAAAAAACUGCGAAAUCACCCAUUUUUGAAUGAGUUUAAUUGAAUACAAAUCUGAAACUGUGUUUGCAGACUCUCUGGGAGAAUGAAAAUCACAUAUGAUGCUCUUGAAAUAUAUUGUGUGGCUUUUAGAGGACGUUAUAAAGAAACAUGUCGUCACUAAUGUUGGCAGAGACCUUUACAAUCAAACUGAACCUAAAGUUUGAGUUCUCUUUAAAAGGAGGAGAGGAAAUAUGAGCAAACCUAAACACUAAAAAGGUGACUCCAGCACCAGCAAGAGAAGGAGGGACUGAUCUGUGAUUUUAAAAGGAAAAACUUCAUUUUAGUCAGUUUUAACAGCUUUUAUUCACACUUUUUUAAAUCUUUUCUAGUAUUUUAAGAGUCACUUUUUAACCUUUGUUGGUUUUCUCACUUGUUUUACGGAGAAACAAAAACUUUUUAUCAGAUUUCCUUCAGAGAGCCUUGAACCUGGUCAGUCUCACAUUGCUCACAAACACAAGCAGUGUUUUUUUUUUAAUCUUGAGGUGUCGGUGUGUGUUUCCUCUCCUCAGACUCUGCGUAAAAAAGGUUUAAACGGAUGCGACAGCCCUGACAUCGAGGCCGACGACUCCGCCGGUCAGAGCCCAGAGUCCGAUGACAAAUACCGCAAAAUCAACGAGGACAUCGACCUGAUGAUCAACAGACAGAGACUCUGCGUAAGUCCUCACACACACACACACACACACACACACACACACACACACACACACACACACACACACACACACACACACACACAACUCCUCACCUUGACGUCUGUGAGGGUGUUAACCAGCUGAUUCCUGAUCCAGCAGGGUCUGCCUCCCUCUAACUACGACAUGAGCAUCUCCCUCCCCGGCAGUAACCCCGGCGGUCUGCUGUACUCUCACCCCGCCAUCGGCUGCGGCCUCUCUAACCACAACCUGCUGCCCGUCUCACACACACACCCGUCCCUGCAGAGGAACAGCAUGUCCCCCCAGAGACCCUCCAGCGCUGGAAACGCAGGUGUGUAAACACGAACCUGAUCCUUAAACAGCGUCAAGUCUGAUCUGCGUUUUCUAACCGAGUGUUUUUAUGUUUGACUUGUUUUUAGGGCUGAUGGGAUCGGAGCUGCCGGGCUCGGUGGUCUCCAGCGUGGGUACGACUAGAAUCUUUUUUUACUCCUUUACAGCCAGAAAGCUCUUAAACAAGUCUUUUAUUUUACUGAUGGAGGGAGAAAAGCCUGAAACAAAACUCCAGAUAAUAACUCAUGUAAUAAUGAUGAUAAUGAUAAUAAUAAUAAUAAUAAUAAUAAUAGUAAUAAUAAUAUAAUAAGAAUAGUAAUAACAAUACAAUUGAUAAUAAUAAUAAUAAAAGUGAUAAUGAUUAUGAAAAUAAUAAUGUUAACAACAACAACUAUAAUUAUUAUAAUAAUAACAGUAUUAAUCUUGAUGAUAAUGAAAUAAAUAAUGACAAUUAAAAAUAUAUAAUAAUAAUAAUUAUCAUUAUUAUUAUUAUUAUUAUUAUUAUUAUUAUUAUAAGAGUAUGAGGUUAUCACACCUGCUGUUGAACUGAACUCCUCCUGUGCUCCUCCUCUACAGUGAACGGCAGCUACAGCUCUCACUGCACCUCCCCCGGCCUCCUCUCUCCUGGGGGCGUCUCUAAGAAUCUGCAGGAGAAGAGCCCCCCUCACAUGAACAUGAGCCGAAAAGCCGACCUGAGGACCCUCAUGCCCCCCUCUAACAAGUGCAGCAACAUGCCCACCAUCGUGAGUGAUUGCACCUUUAGUUACCCUGCGUCAUGUGACUCCACCUCAUAUUUGAAUGUGUUCACAUCUCUGUAAAGUCUGGUGUUCAUGCAUGGAAACUCAUUUUGUGCUUUCACGCUGCGCUGCAGUGUGAGGAUUUUGAUCUGAUGCUGGUGAGUAUUUCUGCACAAAGACAGAUAAAUGUUUUUGUGAGGUGAAGGUGUGAGGAAGUAUUUCUAACAUCACAAGUAUCUCUCCUCUGAAACCGACUAAGACAAACGACUUCUUCAUCCCGUUCAGCUGUGCAGCAGUGGUUGAUAAAUCCACCUCUCUGUUGCAGAACCAGAGAAUAAAUCACUCUCAGACAGCUCAGACUCUGUCCACCCCGGCCGUCUCCCUCUCUGCUCAGACCCUGCCGGGUCAGGGGAUGGGCGGGUAUCCGUCCACUCUCUCCUCCUCUUACGGCACAGGUGGGUGCAGCAGAAACACACACCAGAACCCGCCUUUGUGUGCGAUCCCAUUAAUGAGUGUGUGUGUGUGUGUGUUUGUCCCUCAGAGUUCUCCCUGGGCGGCGACCUGUCCUCCAUGUCUGGGUUCGGAGGUUCUGGUCUGGGAUCAGUGACCAGCUGGCAGCAGCAGCAGAUCCAGAACCUGCAGCACCCUGCACUCGGACACAUGGGGUGAGAAUCUAGUGCGAUAAUGUUCCGUUAUGUUCUGAUUGAUGUACAGAGCUGACAGCCCGCGUUUGGUUUGAGCGUGUGAUGACGUUUCCAAAAAAAUAUUGCGUCCAGGAGCCACAUCUCUCCCCUCCUGUCAGUCUUCAGGUGUCUGUAGCUGUUUCCGAAUUCGCCUACUAUCCUAGCAGUUUGUACUGAUUUGCCCAAAAUGUAGGAUGCAGUAGGCGGAGAAAUGUGAAAUUUGCAGUAUGCCAAAAAUACCCGGGUGACGUACUGAUUCGGGAAAAUUUCACACUAUGCAUUGGACCAGUCUGCUUAGCCUACUGUUACCCACAAUGCAAAGAGCCUGAGCAGAUGGCAGAAUAGCGGAGAGCGGCAAAACUUUUCACCGGAGCGUUCAUUUUCCAAGAUGACAGCUAAAAGAUUUGUCCUUCUGACAGCCCGCUUCUUCUCCUCCUUCUUUCAGCAUUAUGUGUGAAAACCCCUGACCAGAAUGUUUUGUUAUCGUACCGUACAGUUUUUAUCCUCCAUUUCCAUCACCUCAAAUUUUUCUGCUUCUCCUCAUCCUUUAUACUGUACGGUACGUGUGAUGUUUGUCACACACAGCGCGGUCAAUCAGCGAUGUUUACAUCACACAGCGGGACAGACUGCUGGUAUUAGACGGGGGCUAAAGCUUUAAUGCAGAAAGUUGAGUAAACGUUAAAGCAGCCUGACUAACCCAGGAUUUCCACUGCAUCCGGAAUGGCUGCUAUUUUUUGCCGUACGCCAAUUCCUACCGGAUCCUUUUGUGAGGCGGAUUCCGUGGCCAAUUACAGACAGCAGGAAUCGUGAGAACUCACAAGAACCCGCGGAUUCACAGGCAAUCACGCGAUAACAAGUUGUGUCUAUAAAGAGAGCCACGUAGACAUAUAAGCAGUAGAUUGUGUCCUUCCAGAGGAGGAAAUCUACUUCUAGACUUCUAGAAUCAGCAUCUCCUCAUCCAUGGUGUCAUCGAGAUGAAAUGACGUCUAAAAACCUUUUACUUGUUUGUCCCCGCCCGUUUGCAUGGUGUGAAAUACGAUCCUCCUGAAACACGGAGUGUUUUCUUUUAAAAAGAAGCCGGAUGUUUAAUUUGUGUCUGUGCCCGACUUCCUUUCCAGCACAGGUUAAUCUGUGCUGAAUUUAUCCGGCAUGCUCCGUCGUCUGGAAAAAAUAGAACUCUUCCAAUUAGCUGAUGAGUCUGGCGAUCCACAGAGGAACGGAAAGAAGCCAGUGGAAAUUGACACGUUAACUUGAAUGGUUACAAUCAGCUAUGAUCGGCAGAUACAGCCUUUUAAUAGCCGUUCAGGAUGCGGUGGAAAUUGCCAGUCAAUCAGCAGACUAGACGGUAUUUGAAAUAAACUGACAGGAGACAGGAGUUUGUAUUAGAGGGUUUUUACUGUUGUUGUCAAACUAUCGGGACGAAGGUAAAUAAGACCACACCAUGCAGACGCCAUCAGUUAACACGUUUAGCGAGGAUUGUAACUUCUUUCAUUUAAGCAAAAGCAGGACAACAUAACUGACAACAUAACUUUGCUGUAUUUACAGCGCCGUGAUGAGAAUCAAAUGCUGCCAGAUCGACGAGUCAUUGCAUAGACAGAACACGUUUUGAUGGCUGGUACUGGGCAAAAAAAUCCAGAAAAAAAUCUUAUUAAAACACAUAAAAGAUUUUUUACAGUGCAUAAAUAAAUGGGCAACACUGUAGUGUCGUUGUAAUUUACCAGAGCACGAUGGACUUUUCUAUAUCGGAAACCAGCUAAACCGGACCAACCAUACUUCAGAAUAACGGCUGACUUACAGUCAUACUGCUUUGUACUAUCAAACACAGUACUCAGUAUGAAGUAUCUACUGAAUACUGCGGUCGGCAGGAGUACGCAGUAGGCCAAUUCGAAAACAGCCUCUGUUUUCCUGUGCGGCUGUGAUGUCAUGACGUGUUGCAUUCAGGUGCAGGUAAAAAAUCAGGACACACCUGUGCUUUGUGUGUCUCUUUGGUUUUUCAGGAACUUGUGUCAGAACUCCAACCUGAACGUCCCCUCCGCUCACCAGCACCUCCACAUCAAGUCCGAGCCCGCCUCCCCUCCCAGAGACCGGAGCAUGAUGGGAGCCGGACUUGGAGGAGGAGGAGGAGGAGUCCCCACCGCUGGGUACUCCUCUGUUGCAGGCCGGGGUCCCAACGAGCCGGGUCGUUCUCCUGGUGACAGCGCGGCGUCCAGCUGUGGCAGCUCGUACGAAGGCAGCGAGGAGCGUGAGGAUCACCACGGCAAUGACAACUUCCUGCUGCGACCCCUGUCCAGUCAGGAGGAGCGGCACAGCCCGUCAGUGAAGAGGAUGAGGCUAUCAGAGGGGUGGGCCACAUGA